CGGGCGCGCGCUCGUGUGUGUGGUGGCGGGAUGGCGGCCGGCGGGGCUGCGUCGGGCUCGGGGCUCGACGGCGCCGCAUGAGAGGCGCGCCCGGAGACCCUGCGGGGUCGGCGCGGCUGGGAAAAGCCGGAGCGCGUCGGGACGGGAGGGGAGUUUUUAGUCAGUCAGGCGCUGCGAAAGUGGAGGAGGGAGGGAGGGAAAGGGACCCCCCCGUCGGAGCCAUGGCGAUCCCGCUGCGGCCGCCUCGGGAGCUCCCUCAGCCGGGCAGGCGGCGAGCGGCCUCGCGGCGCGGCUGAAGCUCCCCCCCAGCGCGGCUCCUGACGGGGGACAAGAGGCCCUCCGCAGAGCCGCCUUUCGCUCGCCGCCCACCCCCCCCCCCUCCGAGGGAGGAGACUCGCCGCCGCCGCCGAGCAGGAGAAGCAAGAGACGGGCGACUCAGCGCGAUGAGGUUGUGACGCCUCCCGGGAGGGCAAAAGAAGUCGCGGCUGGGGAGUGGGAAGAGGAGGAGAGAAGGACGACUCUAAGCUGAGGCGAUCUCUGAAGAGGGAGGGGACAGGGGAGGGGACCCUCUCGGGCCCCUCAACGGGGGAUUUUGGAGGGGGGCGCCCGUUGCUGGGCGGACAUGAGACCCUGAGCCUCUUCCCCCCCCCUCUCUCCCCUCCCCGGGGGGCUCCUUUUCUCCCCUCUCCCCGCCGCCAGGACUCCCUCCAGGCAGGCCCUCCGCUCCGUUCAGACGUGUCUGGGUUUGCUCGGGGUCAGCGUGGCUUCCGGACACGGGUGUUGUGGUGGUGGUGGUGGUGGUGAGGGGGAGAUGUUUUCCUCCUCCUGCUGCCGGGAUUAAGCGGCGACUCGCCUUGUUUGUUUCUCCGGGCGCUUGCGCCCUCCCCGCUGGCCUUUGAUGACGAGCCGCCGCUCUUGCUAGACGGCCCCGUUUGAUGAAAAAAAAAAAAAAGGAUGGUUUAGGCUAGACGCGAGUCAGGGACUCCGAGGAGGAGGAGGAGGAGGAGGAGGGGGAGGUCGGCGCCUGGGAGGCCUCCUCCCGGCGGGCGGGAGGUAGAACAGGUAAAACGCCAUGGACUCCAGGCUUGGGUGACACUGCCCGAAGGAGACUCGGGGCUUCUUUUGGGAGCCUUUUAAUUGGGGUGCGAGUGUGAGUGCAGAAAAGGGGAGGGGGUUAGCUUUUGUUGCCUUGAGCUUUUGGCCCCGGCAGGUUUAUAAAUAGUUCGGUUCAGACGCCGUGUCAAAGGAGGACACCCUGGCAAGGGAGGCAAGCCAGUUCCACCGAGAGAGAGAGAGAGAAGCAGACACCCUGCUUUUAGCUUCUCCCUCUCCAUCCAACUGCUGUUGCCACCACACAAUGAAUGCCAGGAGGAGGAGGAGGAGGAGGAGGUCUGGACGCUACCGAUUCUUGUAAGCCGCCAAGGAGAGAGAAAAAAAGCUGGAUCCCCUCCCUCCCUUUCUUUUGGGGACUCCGACCUCCCCAGGGAAGAGGAAGACAACAGGAGGAAUCUGGUGGUGAGAGAAGCCACAUCAGGGCGGAAGGAAGAAAAACAGCUGGGGAAGCCGAAGGACUCUUUUUUUUUUUUUUUUUGGCUGGGACCCGAGAAAAGGGGGAAGAGAAGAUUGGCGUGAAAAUGAAGCCGGAUCGAGACACCUUAGAUGAAUACUUUGAGUACGAAGCUGAGGAAUUCCUUGUCAACUUGGCCUUGUUGAUUACUGAAGGCAGAACACCUGAAUACUCGAUUAAGGGCAGGACCGAAGGCUUCCACUGCCCUCCAGCACAGUCAAGUCAACCAACAACAAGUAAACAUGAAUGCAGUGACAGAUUGGCCCAGUGCCGUCAAGCUAGGCAUACCCGAUCCGAAGUUGCAUUGCUGUGGAAGAAAAAUAUUCCUAUCAUGAUAGAAGUGAUGCUACUACCAGACUGUUGCUAUAGCGAUGAAGGACCCACGACUGAAGGGAAUGACUUAAAUGAUCCUGCAAUCAAGCAAGAUGCACUGUUGUUGGAAAGAUGGAUUUUAGAGCCAGUCCCACGGCAAAGUGGCGAUCGAUUUAUUGAAGAGAAGACCCUCUUAUUGGCUGUCCGCUCUUUUGUGUUCUUUUCUCAGUUAAGUGCUUGGCUGAGUGUGUCACACGGAGCUGUGCCUCGUAAUAUUCUUUGCAGAGUGAGUGCCGCUCAUGUGGAUCUGCAGUGGACAUUUUCCCAGACACCAACAGAACAUCUUUUCCCUGUCCCCAAUAUUUCUCACAAUGUGGCCUUGAAAGUCAGUGUCCAAUCUUUGCCCAGACAAUCGAACUACCCAGUUCUGACCUGCAGCAUUCAUGCUAACUUUGGCUUCUACGAAAACAGAAGAGAAGAGACUAACGUACAUCAGCGCUGUGAUUCCAUGAAGACCGAACAACCUAGUGUGGCCAACUCUCAACGUCCUUGUGGCAAACUAAUGUGGGCUGAAAGCAUGCUUGGCGUAAAGCAAGGCCCUGAGUUUAACCCUGCUGUCAGGAACCUGAAACUUUAUCCCUUAGCUGGCCUUGGAUCUGACUUUGGAUCGUUAGAAUCGAAAGUUCAGGGCUACCCAGCUGCUGUGGCGAACAGGGAGCUGUUGCCAGAAACGCCAGAGGGAGCUUUGAAAUUAUCUUGCUUGGCUGAUACCCGUGGCCAUAACAGCAACCCUUCCCACCAGUCACUAGGAGAUUCGUUUCCUUUGAUAGGCUCUUUACUCCAAGAGCGCCAUGAAGUUAUAGCAAGGAUCGCCCAGCAUCUCAUUCACUGUGAUCCGGCAGCAUCCCCUGUCACGAGGAAGGCUUUUAGCACCAAUGAAACCGGUGUGGCAAACCCCAAGGGUCUACGUCAUGCCCCCGAAGAGAAAAACUUGCCGAAGAAAGGAAGGGAAUUGCCCUCCGUUGCUGCUAACUUGGAACACAACACUUCAGAAAAUGUUGGGAAAGUCCAGCUGAUACCAGAAACACCCUUGUCUUGUUCCUACGUCCCCCUGAACCCGUGUUUCCACCAGGUGAGAGAGGAAACCAACCCUCUCAUAAGCUCUUUACUUCAAGAAAGGCAGGAGGUUAUCACAAGGAUCGCCCGGCACUUGAUUCAUUGUGAUCCCCCGCGAUCACAAGGUGCGUCUCCUGUGUUCACUUUUCACGACGUCAGUGCAGUUAAUCCGAAGGCUUUUCACAGUUCCUGCAAAGAGGACGGCCUGCUGAAGAAAAGCAAAGAUGUCCCUUCCGAUUCCUUCUCCAAUUCCAGAUUGGCUUUACCAUCAGAUGACCCCAAGACAAAACUUAAAACAGCAACAACUCCACUGCAUUCGCCUAGAUGUGACGCAGACCAUAACGUAUCGCCCAGCUUUAGAAGAAAACUGCUGCUAGCAGAGACCAAUGAAGUAGUCCAAAACACAUUUCAUCAGUCUCCUCCUAGUAGAAGUCAAAGUCCUCUAAGUUGCACGACCCAAUCAUGUAACAAAGAAGGUUAUAAGUCGGAACUGACAGAUAAAUUGGCGUCUGUGCUUUCUGGUUGUCCCCAUAAACCUCAAGUAGCAAAGAGAGGCACCGCCAAGCCGUGUUCACAUUUCAGAUGUAGUAACGAACUGGUUUGUAGAAGUAAAUUUAAGGACAGAACGAUCUUUUGUAAAAAUAGCGACCCACACUGUUCAAAUAAUCCCCAUGUGGAUCAGCACCGAAUACUUGAAAACGUUAAAGCGGCUACGGUGCCAGCAUCUGACGGCUGGCACAAAUAUGAGUCCGGGCACUUAAAUAAAGACUCCAAACAACCAAAUGUUUCUGAACAAAACUCUCAGCUCACUAGUAUCGAAAACUAUUUACAUAAAGACCAUGACAUUUUCAAAUGCAAAAGCAAACAAGACAGGGUGAAAAAUGCCAACGAUGAGAACGAAGAGCCAACCGACUAUGAGGUACAGAAGCAUUGUCAGAAGAAGCCUGUAGAAGAUUCCUUGGCUGCUUUUUUUGAACAAAGGAAGAAUGCAGAGGUGCUGAAAACAAUUCCACUCAAACACGUGUGGCGCAAAAGUAAUUUUCACCACUUGGAUAGGACUUCUACCAAGGCCUUCCACCCCCGGACUGGAUUACCUCUCCUUUCAAGUCCAGUUCCUGAAAGAAAAACACAGACAGGAUGCUUUGAUCUUGAUGCAUCAUUAUUGCGUCUGAAAUGUUUGUCCUCCAAAAGUCCACAAAGAUAUAUAAGCAAAGAGAACGAUUCUGACAUCCAUGAGAAAGCACUCCUAAGUUCCAGUGCACCAUCUGUUACAAGUCUUAGCCUUCUUGGAAACUUUGAGGAAUCUGUACUGAACUAUCGCUUAGAUCCGCUGGGUAUUGUAGGCGGCUUCACAGCUGAAGUGGGAGCAAGUGGACUUUUCUGUCCAACUCACAUGACUCUUCCCGUUGAAGUUUCUUUUUACAGCGUUUCUGAGGACAACGCGCCCUCUCCGUACAUGGGUGUAAUCACUUUAGAGUCCCUUGGUAAAAGGGGUUAUCGGGUACCUCCUUCAGGAACAAUACAAGUGACCUUAUUUAAUCCUAACAAGACUGUGGUGAAGAUGUUUGUGGUGACCUAUGACUUACGAGAGAUGCCUGCCAAUCACCAGACAUUCCUGCGGCAAAGAACUUUUUCUGUCCCUGUGAAGCGAGAAACAAGGAAAAGCAUCAUUCAACAAAAUACUCGACAUACUGAAGAGAGACUAUUACGCUACCUCAUUCAUCUGAGGUUCCAGAGUUCCAAGUCUGGAAAGAUCUACCUCUACAGAGACGUAAGACUUCUGUUUUCCCGAAAAUCUAUGGAAGUGGACAGUGGCGCUGCAUACGAACUCAAAUCUUACACUGAAUCUCCAAUGAAUCCUCAGUUUUCACCCCGGUGUUAGCAAAACACAACCGUGAAACUAUUUCCUCAAUGACCAGAUUAUUAUUCAAGACAAAACAAUAAAAUAUCCUGUGCAAAACCUGAAUCACGGAGGUAGUGAGAAGGAUGGUCAGAUGGGAGUCAGAACCUCUUGGACCAAUUCAGAAAAGUUUUUAGAAUGAGCUUUGUGUAUUCUGAAUAGACUGGAACACACUUAGUCGUAACCUUUUUUAUACUCGUUUUAAACCACUUCAUUGGAUGUGUUGCAAUAGCAGAGUCCCAAAUUAGUUUAGUGUUUACACUUUAUUUUUUAUUUUUUGGGCUAUUUAAUAUUUAAUGUUCCUUUCACUUAAGUGAUGUUUGUCUUUACUGUUCUAAUGUAGCACAAAUCCGAUGUAAAAUCAUACUACAUAUUUUUGACAUUAAUAUUGAAAUCUUGAAAUAUAUACAGAACCUUUACUUUGAUGCGUGAUGUGUUUUUCAGUGACUCAACGCGCUUAGAAUAAAGAUGGGAUUUUUGAA